AUGUCGGACUCACAUGCUGGACAGAUGACAGCACCCGUAAAACGAAAAGGACGCCCACAGAAGAAAGCACAUUACGGCUCGGAUGCGUCAGGGAAAGAAGAUGACGACGACAUGACCGACCUUUCAUUCCACAGUGAUACCGGAGAUCAGUUCAGUGAAGAAGAAGAAGACGCUCAUUCUGUUUCCGCUUCCAUUGGCACCGGUCGUAAACGCGGCCGACCGCGAUCCAUAAAGCGAGCUCGUCCUGAGGAAAGAAAGGAAGAAAAGCGAGAAGAAUCCAUUGCUGAAAAAGUGGUCAAAGCUGUCAUGGGAGAAGGAGAGAUCGAUGAGUUGGGAGAAUCAAGAGUCGACAAGGACGGCCAUUUGCGCGAUGGUCGUGAAUACAAGAUACCAGCAUUCUCCAUGCCAAGUCGAGGCGACGAAUUGCUUAUGCUUGGUAAAGAUGUGGUUGCUCUGUUGAAUAUGCGUGAUAGUUUUGUACUUGUCAACAAGAACCCUCUGGUCGUCAAGGUCGACGCUACACAGGAAGAUAAGAACUACCUUAUUGAACACGGAUAUUUAAGAUCGACUUUUCGAACGAGAGAUAUCACCAUUGUUUCAGCUCGUUCUAUAUUUAAAACUUUUGGACAUCGUGUCAUCAAGAAGGGACGACGCGGUAGAGAUGAUUAUUUUGCCACGGGUGUACCUGAAGAAGACAGUGAAGCAGAAGACGAAAAGGAAGAGGCAGAGGAAAAGAAGCGUGCUCGACUUUACACCAAGGCAUCCGAAAUGCCUCAGGACACUGCUUUCGGCGCAGGAGCAUCAUCGUUAUCGUUCCGACGAAGCAAUCUAACGAAUCGAUUUGUCCCCAAUCGUGGUCCACCAAAUGAUUUGAAUUGGAUUUUCCAUGCUGCACUUUCUGUUCGAGAUUUUAAUGCUCAACUUCGAGAGUAUCGCUCUAAGAACCCAACGUUCUAUGAUGUACACACCCACAUUUAUCAAACUCCAGCAUCCAUGCAACCUCAAUACGCAGUCGCUCCCACUGAAGAAGCGUUGAACGCUGCUGCUGAAGCGUCUGCUGCAGAUCAAGCUGGAAUGAUGGGCGAUCAACAGCAGAGAGCAGAGUCUACCAAGCCUGCUGUUAUACCUGACACUAUUCAACAGCAUUCCAUGUCACAGCCUCCACAAGGGUACCCCAUGCAAGCGUACGCAGAUCAACAACAAGCGUCUUAUGGGAUGAGCAUGGCAAAUGGCCAGAUACCUUUUGCAAUGCAGCAACAAGCUCGAUUAAACCAAGCUGCUGCAGCCAAGAUGAUACCUCCCAAUUCACAAGCGGCAUAUAUGGCAUCGAUGUCCGGUAAUAACCCUGCUGCAUUUCAAAAUUUGCCCCCUGGCCAAUCGACCGCAGCUUUAGCCGCUGCACGACAACACCAAAUGGCAGCUAUGCAAGGUAUGUCUGGGCAACUCCCUAAUGCUGGCAUGCAAGGUCAGCGAUUAUCACAGCAAAUGCAGAAUCCUUAUGGUUCGACUGGUUCGCCCAUGCCACAGCAGAACGCUCCUCGGUUUGGCGUGAAGUGA